AUGAUACAGGCUUGCCCAACACUCAAAGGCUCUUCCACAGAGAGAAUCUCUCCUCUGCCAGGCCCAUUCCCAUAUAAGAGACUUGGCAGAUCCAGCUCCAGGGAGCUCCUCUCUUUCUCUGCCAACAUGCAUGCCUGCUCCCUGGGUCCCAUCCAUGGCAACCUCAUCCCUGCUCUCCUCCAUCCUCCAUCUGUGGCCAUCACUGCAGUCUCAGACCUGCAUAAUGUGCUGAAGGCUGAGACCUGUAAUGAGCCCCCGUCCUACCGCCAUCAAACCGAGCUGAAGGAGCUCCAGGCAGCGAAGCAGCUGUUGAUCCAGCAGAAGGUGGAGCUGCAGGGGAAGGUGGAGGCAGCUCAAGCAUCUCUGGAGCAGGAACAGAGAGAGCAUCAGAAGACCAGAGACUCCAUCAAACAAAAACAGCAACAGCUCAAAGCUCAGACGGACAAACUACAACAGCAACUGGCUUCAGAAGUGAAGGCUAAAGAGGAGGUGGAGAACCAGAGGGAAGAGGCGGAGGUGAAGAUGUCUAUGCAGGUGGCGGCACUGAACGAGAACAUGGCGACGCUGAAGCGGGAGUGGCAGAGCAGCCAGAGGCGGGUGGGCGAGCUGGAGAAACAGACGGAUGAACUGCGAGGGGAGAUCGCUGUUUUGGAGGCCACCGUUCAGAACAACCAGGAUGAGAGACGCGCACUGCUGGAGAGGUGUGUCCAGGGUGAAGGUGAGAUCGAGAAGCUUCAGGCUAAGUUGGUGGAGAUGCGCAGGAAGCUGGAUGACACUACAGCCGCCAUGCAGGAGCUUGGCCGGGAGAACCAGUCCUUACAGAUAAAGCAGUCGCAGUCUCUCACACGAAAGUGGGCGGAAGAUCACGAGGUGCAGAACUGUAUGGCUUGUGGGAAGGGUUUCUCUGUCACUGUCAGAAAGCACCACUGUCGACACUGCGGCAACAUCUUCUGUGCGGAGUGCUCUGCCCGCAACACCCUGACGCCCUCCUCCAAAAAGCCUGUCCGAGUGUGUGACAAUUGCUUUGAUGAGCUCCAGGUCUGAUUGCCCUCCCUCCCAAACCCGUCCCCUGCAGCCCUCUGCGCCCUGCUCACCCUGACCUCUCCCCAGGAAACACGAGCAACCAGGAGAGGCCAGCCCAGGGCAGAUGCAGAAGCUGCAGGGGCCACUGAGGAACAGCGUGUCGCAGUGGUCACUUAAUGCUGCCAAUCAGAUAGAGAGGGUAUUCUAAAUUAAACCGGCCAGAAAGGUUGUCCUCAUCUGUCCAGUGCCUUUGCCACUUAUGGGGCCACUUUCAGACCCAGAGGAAUCAAAAGGGAGGGACCGCUUAAGCAGAUGUAUAAUUUGUAAAAUAAAAAUCAGUUCCUUACAGAAGUUUUGUGCUAAAGUACAGCAGCUUUGGCACUCAGGAUUGAGUUUUACAUUGAUAUCGUGAUAUAAGAGUCUCUUAUAUAGCUAUAAGAAAUGGUGGGUGGGAAGGAAUCUGAGUAGAACCAAAGCUGUUCGCAGGGUCCUUAUUUGAUAUCAUAUUUGUAAGUAAAUGUACAGACAAAAGAGGCACAUGUGAAUAAUUCAGAUAUAAUUGUCACUCUAUGGAGACUGUAUCAUUUGUCAUUCAAUGUGGGCAUGUUAACAAGGAAUGUGGGUGUAACGUACAUGC